GAAAUUGUAAAUAAUCAUAAUGGUGCUGUUAUCGUAAAAAAUAAAUAUGAAGAACAGACUAUGGAGUUAAAUAUGGAGGAAGAAAAUCAAACUAAUGUACAAUCAGUAAGACUAUUUGUUAAAAAUUGUAUUGAAUGUUGAUAAUUUUUUUUUUUCUAUAUAUUACAAUGUGUUUUUAGGAAGUUGUAAAUAAUCAUGAUGGUGCUGCCAUCGAUAAUAAUAAAAUCGAAGAACAAACUAUGGAGAUUGAUAUUGACGAAGAAAAGUCCAAAAAUGUACAAUCAUUAAGACUUAUUACUGAACAUCUUAUUAAAUGUUAUUAA